AUGUAUAGGUAUGCGCUCGCUGUUCAUCAACAACUGCUAGAGAUCUCUUUAUCCGAGGGCGGGCUUUCCCGAUUGAUUGUCAAGGACAAUGGAACUGGCAUUUCGGAGCACGAUGCUCUUCUUAUUUGCAGGAGAAACGUCACCAGCAAAAUAAGCUCCAUCGACGAUCUUUCGUCACUUGCAACAUUUGGGUUUCGAGGCGAAGCAUUGAAUUCCAUCGCAUCGCUCUGCUCGGCCUUUUACAUUCUGACGAGGCAGGAGGCUUCUGAAGUUGGGUUCAAAUACAAAUUCAACGCCUCCACCCAGACCAUGGAAAAGAUCCACACACUGCCGCUAGACAAGGGAACGACAAUCAUCGCUGAAGGCCUUUUCAACAUGCUACCGGUCCGGCUUUUGGAGAUGAAGAAGAACAUCCACAAGGAGAUGAACAUGCUGACAAGACUCAUAGAGUCGUAUUUGCUUUCCAGACCGUCUCUUGGGAUUUCCUGCUCGCAACUUGCGCCAAGCGCUACGAAAUCCGCCGUUUCGCUUUUUUCAAUCCCACAAGACCACGGUCGCUCAUUGGACCACGUUAUUGGCGUGAUUUUUGGCACCGACGUCUUUUCAAAUCUAAUACCGAUCGAGAUUUCGGUCGAGCUGGUCGAGGAUUAUUUCCCGCUGUUUUUUAGCAAGGAGCAGAUAUCAAGUAUCCCCCCUGUCACGAUGAAAGGCUAUUUUAUCAACCCAUUUUCUUUGCUCAAGAAGCAAUGCGAGGAUUUCAAGUUGAGAGAGUAUUUCUUCAUCAACCGGCGUCCAUGUCUGUUUCCCCCAGUGUUCUCGAAAAGGCUAACCCGCCUGUUGAGGGACGAUUUUAAUGUAUUCGUAAAGCCGUUUUUUAUUCUAUUCUUGGAGCUGUGUCCACUUUUGGUCGAUGUGAACUUUACGCCAGAUAAAAGGACCGUCUCUAUCACCAAUGAAAACUACAUAUAUGAUAUGCUUACGUUGCAGCUGAAAGACAAAUUCCUCUCUCUGUCAUAUCCCAUUACCGAGGUCUCAUGUGCAUCUUCCAAACCUCAAGGAGUAUUCCCAAAAUGCGCGUCUCAAAACAUUCUUUCCUUUUUCCAUUCCGGUGAGAGCAUCAUGCCUCCUUCGGAACCUGGCAACAAACAGUCCUCCAUAUUGGAAGGCAAUAUGGAGGGGAAAGAGCCUUUUCAGGAUUCAGGCAUCUUUAGCAACCGAUUGCUUGCUUGUUCGCUUGAAGCGAACAAGAAAACAUCAAUGCACGUUGAGGGAGCUAAGGAAAUAGCCACCCCUUUUGUUAAAGCAACGAAUGGUGGUAUUUUUGCCACCACUAAUGGCUUUCCCUUGGAAGACCAAACAAAUUCUCCUUUUCAAGCGGUUUCAAACCCAAUCAAAGCUUCCCAUACGGGAGUUCUCAAUACCUCAUCAGUGGAACGCUCCGAGAUAUCGACCUUAAUGACCAGUAAAUCUUCCUCGGAGGACUCGUCGAUUUCGGAUAUGAAAUGCGUCUAUAUUCUCACGAAAGAAGAUUUCCUGCACAUGGAUGUGGUUGGCCAGUUUAACCACGGAUUUAUUUUGUGCUCCAUUUCUAAGGCUGAAAACGAAAAGCUGCUGUACAUUUGUGAUCAGCAUGCGUGCGAUGAAAAAUUCAACUACGAGGCCAUAAAGUCUUCCCUGAAAAUGGGAUCUGCAACGGCCGCUCCCCACCAAAAGCUGUUGAGUCCCAUUUCAUUGAGCUUAUCUCCGAUGGAGGGAUUGGUUUUGACAAAGUAUCAAAAGGAACUUGAAAGUCUUGGAUUCACCUUUCUGAUUGCAUCGUCGGGGAAUAAUCUGGAUCCCGUGGUUUUAUGGACAGGAAUGCCUUCGCUUCCAUUUCCGCCGUCUACGGAAGACAUACAUGAACUCCUGGAACAGCUUUCAGAUAACACUAUUGAUGCCGGCGUUGCUUCUAAAAUAACAUUUAGUGAUAGAAUGAAGAAAUUUGCCGCCACCAAAGCAUGCAGGAGCUCCGUGAUGAUUGGAACUCCUCUUAAUAAAAAGCAGAUGACAAAAAUUGUAAGGAAUUUAUCUACACUAGACCAGCCUUGGGUGAGAAUUGAAUUGUCCGCAUGGAAGGCCCACGGUGAGGCUGUUAAAGAAAUUAGUCUACAAAAGCAAUAA